CUGCUUUCGGUGACGCGUUUUGUGCAUCUUCUCUCUUUUGUAGCGCUUGUGUGAUAUAUAUAGGAAUACAUUCUCCUCCUUUGGCUGCGGCAGGCAAUCUGGUCUGCUGCCUUCUCUUAUAUCAGCGUGUUCCCGCUCAUAGAUUCGCCGCUGCUGGCGAUCGUCAUUUGCAUCUCCAGGACCCGGCCGGCGCUGCCUUAUACAUCCCUAUAUCCUACCUCACCCCUGCAACAUAUCCAUAAUCCUAGAAGAUAUCUUUCCGCCAUGGCGACUCAAAGUGGUUCAGACGACAUCAACACGCGGACGCAGCACAGUCCCCUUGCAUCGCAACGGGGCAACUACCAGCCUCCUACUGUCCCCAGCGGACAUCCUCCAGCAACUCGAGGAUGGUUUCCCUUGGGAUACAAGGAGGCAGCCAGUCAAUGGUGGGCUGGACUGGCGCCAGCAAGUACAGAGCACUCCGUCCUCUCAUUCGUACCCUAUCUCCAGAAACCACCUACACACACCAUAACUGGCUCAGCUCCCGGAUCCGCUACCGCUUCCUCAGCAAACCUGCAGUCGAGCAACAAUACGAGCCCUGUCACAACGACAAGCUCAAUCACUGAUCCAUAUGGACCGCGCAGAUGGGUAUCGCAGAUGGUGAACCUCAGUGGCAAGGAUCGUGCGCUGAACGAAUUCUCGGUAGAGAGAGUCGGAGAAGAUGUGGAGCACAAUCUGGUCAUGCUGCAUGGGUACGGCGCUGGUUUGGGCUUCUUUUACAAAAACUUCGAGGGGCUAAGUCGAGCGCCUGGCUGGAAGCUGUACGCUCUCGACAUGUUGGGAAUGGGCAGGAGUAGUAGACCCCCGUUCAGGAUUUGCGCCAAGACCCGGGAAGAAAAGAUUACAGAAGCAGAGAACUGGUUCAUCGACGCCCUGGAAGAGUGGCGGAUCAAGAAGAACAUCAACAAGUUCACCCUGCUCGGGCACAGCCUGGGGGGAUACAUGGCCGUGGCAUAUGCUCUCAAGUAUCCAGGACACCUCAACAAGCUCAUACUAGCCUCUCCUGUUGGUAUCCCCGAAGAUCCAUUCGCGGUGAACGCAGAGAUGCCCGAGCCCAGCCAAUCCACGAUAGACAACGAAUUCACCCAAGACCAGAACUCGACCGCAAACUCCUCUUCUAGCAAAACCCAAGACAAGCCCCCUCGCAAACCCAUGCCUAAGUGGCUCACCACCCUCUGGGAUGCAAACAUCUCACCUUUUAGCUUUGUCCGCUGGGCCGGUCCAAUUGGCCCGCGUCUUGUCUCUGGCUGGACGUCUCGCCGCUUCUCCCACCUCCCCGAAGACGAAGCUCGCGCACUCCACGACUACGCAUACUCCCUCUUCCGCCAGCGCGGCAGCGGCGAGUACGCGCUCGCAUACAUUCUCGCACCAGGCGCAUUCGCUCGCAGUCCGCUGAUACGACGGAUCCAGGGCGUGGGACGACAGUAUCUAGGCGUUCACGCCGCGCCUCUUCCAGACAGCAGCGCAUCGUCGUCUAUACAGUCACCAGGAUCAUCCACAAACCCUCAAAAUAACACACUCUCAGCCUCCUCGUCGCCUCGUGAGACAGGUCUUCCUGUCGUGCUAAUGUACGGCGAACAUGACUGGAUGGACGUGGCCGGCGGCUUCGCAGCCGAGAUGAAGCUGAACGCAGAAACAUCAAAGGUGCUUGCGACAGCGGACCCAGAGACGCGAAAGUCAGAUAAUGGGAGCGCAAAGGUGGUGGUGAUUCGCAAGGCGGGGCAUCACGUCUAUCUGGAUGGCUGGGAGCAGUUCAACGAAGUGAUGCGCGAGGAGAUGGCCGACGUAGAGAAGCGGGAGAAGGGCUGGAGGCCAUGAGAGUCAGACGCAGCCAGAUGGAUUGACUGGAUGGGUGUGUGUGCAAGCAGAUGUGUGCACUUGGCGGUGAUCUUGCGGCGUUGGUAUAUACCAUUUUCUUUCACUCUUGCAUAUAUAAUAUAGAUGAGCGACGAGCGGUAUGAAUAGACCAUUGCAUCUUCAGGGACCU